AUGCAAAGAACAUGCAUCUCUGAGAGUCAGCCAUGGCAUCUCAAUGUCGUGUGCUUCAUUGGCUUCCUCUCUCUCCUAAGACUAUUAUUUCCUCUCCUGAAAUGGCUCGUCACAAGAUUUCUCCUCACAAACCCCAAGCGGCUGAAGCGUUACGGCUCGUGGGCUAUGGUCACAGGAGCCACUGAUGGGAUCGGACGCGCCUUUGCUCACGAGCUGGCCAAACACGGCCUUAACCUCAUCCUAGUCAGCAGAAACCCUUCGAAGCUCGCUUCUGUCUCCGAUGAUUUCCGACAAGAGUUUCCACACAUCAAGAUCAAGAUCAUUCCCUUUGACUUCUCCACUGAAGGAGGAUAUGAAGCAAUCGAGGAGGGGAUAAAAGAUGUUGAAGUUGGGAUUCUGAUAAACAACGUUGGGAUAACUUAUCCAAGAGCCAUGUUCUUCCACGAGGUUGACCAACUCACACUGACCAAAAUCAUUAGGGUUAAUCUUGAAGCCACCACUUCGGUCACACGAUCUCUCAUCGGACCAAUGCUCCAUCGCCGCCGUGGAGCCAUCGUCAAUAUUAGCUCAGGCGCUGCUGUUAUUGUCCCUUCUCAUCCUCUCUACGCCAUCUACGGCGCCACCAAAGCUUAUGUUGAUCAACUAUCAAGAUCUCUACAUGUGGAAUAUAAGCACUUUGGUAUCGACGUCCAGUGCCAGGUUCCUUUAUACGUGGCAACAAAGAUGGUAUCAGAAGUAGCAGCUAUAGUUAAACCAAGCUUCUUCGUACCGUCACCGGAAGUCUACGCAAAAGCGGCGGUGGAGCAGAUAGGAAUUGGGUCACGAUGCUCUCCGUUUUGGGCUCAUUCCCUUCAAUGGUUUCUUGCCGGACUUCUGCCUGAGAACCUCCUUGAUCUUUGGCGUCUCUCUGUCGGCCUUCGUAGAAGAAGUUUAUCUUAA